AUGGGCAUUCCCUUAAGUGAAUUGCUGGAAUCUCAGAGACCAGUGGACAUCAGUCCGCCAAUUCCGACGGCAAGGAGCCACCGCCUAUCCGUCGAAGACAUCGUAGGUUGGUUGGAGCUUAGGCUCUUAUCUCACGGACGUAUUGGUCUCCUCCGAAUCUCGGGCUCGAUCUCGGACAAAGUGCGCAUCGAGGUUAUAGUUUUAUUGGCGUACCUCGCGGCUGUACUCGUCUGCAUCAUAAAGGAUGCACCUCUUAUUUCUAAUCCGAACAGAGCGGGAUUUCUCGCUCUCGCACAGUUUCCGGUCGUCUUUUUGUUCGCAACAAAAAAACUCAAUUCUGAUGGCGGGAAGAGCCAUGUUCCUCGACGGAUGCAUUCAUGGGUCCCUGUGGGUUCGCAAUCAUCUGCAGUAUGGAUUUGCAAUUAUUGGUCCGCAGAAAGAGACUUUGUGAGUGGCUUCGUUGGCCCUCCUCUCCAUCAUCGUCCUUACAUCUUUGAGACCAGUCAGGAGACUGUUUCUUCGUCGUUCGGUAAGCGUUUUGACAUACGUGGCAUUCUUUGUCACUAUAUGCUACCAUACGUUGUGCGGCCGUGGAUAUUCCCUCCCCUUGCAUUUUACGGCGCAGAUGUUUUGUUGCACCUAUUCCGCUAUCGAAUCAAGGAUGCCACCCUCACUGUGCAGGACGCUCACACGGCUUUGAUCCGCGUUUAUAAUUCGACAAGGUUUUUGAGUCCAAUCCUUUCACUAUCCUCUCGGCACCACCGUCCCAUUUUGAAAGUUCUCAAAGUCAUCCGUAAAACCUGA